UAACCUAGCAGCAGACAACAACUGGAAACCGGAAGAUGGAAGUUCACCGUCACUCCUCUCACGUAUGAUUCACAGACUGAAAAAUGGGAGAUGUAGACUAAAACGCUAGAGAACAUUUUCCAGAUCCUACUACAGGGUCAUGCCCCGUUGAAGGUCUCAGGUCUUGUUGUUUCUGCUCUCUAAUCUCUCCUGUGCACAUCUGUCAACGACCAUGUCGGUGUAAUUUAUCUGGAAGGAAGAAAAGUUGAAAUUUAAAUCACAGCGCUGACAAUGAUGUUUGUCAGAACAGAUCAAAGACCAACAAGUUACUGUUGCUGGGAAAUUUGUUGAAGACACCAGGCUACAGUGUGCCUGAACUGAAAAAGAACUGAUUGAAAAAUGUCCAGGCUGGAACAAGAGCUCAAGGCUCAGCAGUUCGGCACCGGGCCAGACAGCCGCUUUUUUAGGGAUGAGAUUCGUCAGCUCGAGGCCCAGCUGGAGCAAAGGGAGAAGGAGUUGGCCCUGCUAAGGAAAGACAUGGGCAAGGAGAAGAAAAGCAAUGAAGAGCUGAUUGGACGGUUGGAAGAGGCCGAGGACGAGGCGAAGAAGCUGAAAAGAGAGUUGAAAAAACUGAAGAAGGAGAACGAGCAGCUCCAGCAAGAUGUCAGCUUCUAUCGCAGUGAGCUGGACCAAAGAGAGCCUCUCUCGUCCAGAGAUGAGAACGCAGAGACUCAGAGGAAGCUCAGCGCUGCCAACCGUCAGCUAUACCAGUGCCUGGAAGACCUUCAGCGAGCCGAGGAUGAAAACGCGCAUCUGAAGACACAGAAUGAGCAGAUGCAGAAGAGUCUGGAGGAGUCUGUGAAGGAGAUGGAGAAGAUGACAGAUGAGUACAACAAGAUGAAGAUCAUUGUGCAUCAAACUGACACAGUUGUGGACCAGCUCAGGAAGGAGAGGGAUCAUGCAAAUCUUCAAAUUAAAGAGCUAACAGACGAGAUUCAUAGCAUAACUGCAGAGAAUGACCCAAUCAUGGCAACUGUCAACGCCAAAGUGGAGGAGUGGAAGGCGGUGCUCUCAUCGAAGGAUGAUGAAAUUUUGGUGUAUCAGCAGAUGAUCCACGGCCUGAGGGAAAAGCUACGCACAGCUCAGCUGGACUUGGACAAAAGCAACAUCAUUGCCUUGCAGCAGGUCAUAUAUGAACUCUGUGGUGCCGUCCAAGAGCGAGAUAAUCAGAUCAAGAUGCUGAGCGAGCAGGUGGAGCAGUAUACAGGAGAGAUGAAAAAGCAUGCCCAGCUCAUUGAGGAGUUAAAGACCACGAACAAAGAGAAAGGUCUACCUACAACUCUACAGCAGAGGAAGAUAGAGGAGCUAAAGUCCAAGCUGAAAGCUGCAGAGACCAGAGCCAUGGAUGCAGAGCAGGUGUUACGACAAGCAGAAGCUCACGCUGAAGAAAAAGACAAAGCCCUUAUUGAGGCUUUAAACCGUUUGAGCCAGUAUGAGUCGGGCAUUUAUGGCCUGGAGUCAGCAGUUGCGGAGAUCAAAGAGUGUAAUAAUCAAAUUAGAAUGAGAGAUCGGGAGGCAGAGGCCAUGACCAAAGAAAUCAACCAGCUUGGGAUGAGAAUCAAUGACCUCAUGGAUGAAAAUGAGGACUUCCGGGAAAAACUGGGUCUGCAACCAGAGCAGGAAGUGGAUCUGACCGAAUUUAGGCGUGCCAAAGACCUCAGACAACGACAGUACAAAGCAGAAAACCAAGUUCUUGCAAAAGAGAUUGAACGACUAGAAGAGGAACGGCUGGAGUUAAAGAAACAAAUCAGGUGUAUGGUGAAGGAAAGAGGGAUCCCACAGUCAAGUCUGCAGCUGGUGGAAGAUUUUAGACCAAGCAUGAAAACACCAGAUGAAGAGAUCAGACACAAGAAUGAGUACCUUGAAAAACAACUGAGCAGCAAAGAGAGAGAGCUGGAACUUCACAAGACUGAGUUUCAGUGUAAAUUGGAAGAACUGUCCAAAGUAAAGAGAGAUCUGGAGGCUGCACUGAAAGAUGUCCUUCAUGCUGUGAGGAUUAAUCAGGAGUCAGGUGAUGGUUUGGUUCCCAGUGGAAAAAUGUUGCCUAAUGUUGCAGAUGUGGGUAGCCUUGGUGAGCGAUCUGAGUCAGACCCCAAGUCUCUAAUCCAUCAGCUGGUGGGAAGGAAUGAAGAGCUGAGGCAGGAGCUGAAAUCUGCUCGAGAGGAGGCAACUACCAGCUUCAGUCAGCUUGCCAGAGUCAAAGACAAGAUGAACCAACUUGAAAAUGAAUUGGAACUGCUCAGGAAGUCGGGCAGCGGCAGAGUUCUCCCCCGACCUUUGACCCUCCCUGAGGGGCUGGGGCCUAGCAGCACAGAGGUCAUCAGCUCCCUGAAUGAGUACGCUGUUCGACUGCUUCAGGAGCUGAAAAAUAAAGAGGAUAAAAGCAAGAAACUUAUAGAAACCCUGGAAGAAUACAAAGAUAAGUUUGCUGUUGUCAGUCAUCAGCAGGGACUGCUCUACAAGGAAUAUCUUAGUGAGAAAGCAGAGUGGCAAAAAGAAAAAGAAGCAUUCAAAGAGAUGAAGAAUAAGUUGGAGGAGCAAAAACAGGUGGACGAUGUGAAAAUUCAACAGUUUAAUGACCUGCUGAACACUCUUCAGAAAACUCCAGACGAAAUCAAAAGACAGCUGAGUGAAGCAUUUCGCAAACUGACCAUCUUGAAAGUGAACGAGAAAAAACUCACGCGGCGCUACACCACUGUGCUGGAGCAAGAGCAGCACUUACGCAAGGAGAACGGCAAGCUGAGGGAUGACAGCAGCCGCAUGCAGGCGUCUGUCAUCCAGAGGAUCGGUUACUUGCAAAGAUACAAGGAAAUGGCUGGUUUUAAGAUAGCAGCUCUACAAAAGGCCUUGGAUGAUAGUGUGCCUGCGUCAGAGCUGGAGAGGGCUAAUAAGCAGUACACAGAGCUAACGGUCAAAUACAGAGACAUGCUACAGAGGGACAGCUGCCUCAUACAGAGAACCACCAACCUUGAACAUUUAGAGACUGAAAACAGAUCUCUUCAAGAGCAAAUCUCUUCCAUAAAUAAGGAGCUGGAGAUCACCAAAGAGAAACUGAAAACCUUAGAGCAAGCCUGGGAGAACGUCUGUUCUAAUGCCACAGAAACUGGCAUGGCCAAAGCAGAAAAGGCAUCAAUCAAUAACGAGAUGGUAUCUGCUGCAAGACAAAUCACCACUUUAGAGAUGAAGGAGCUGAAUGAACGGCAGAGAGCCGAGCACGCCCAGAAAAUGUAUGAACACAUGAGGAACUCCCUCAGACACGUGGAGGAACGUAACGUAGAGCUGGAGUCCAAGUUUGCCGAGCUGACCAAGAUGAAUGCAGAGGCCCAAAGGACUGAGCGGGAGCUAAGAGAUGAGCUGGCAGACAGCGUCAGCAAAGCUGCGAGCGAUGCUGACAGAGCCAGGAUCGUAGAGCUGGAGAAAGUAGAGGCUGAGCUUCGCAUUGAGGUCUCAACUCUUCAGGAGGUGUCCGAUGUAGCCAUGACGCAGGUGUCCGCUCUGCAGGCCAGGCAGAAGUCUAAAGAAAUCGAAGUAGAGGGUUUAAGGAGGCAGAUACUGGACUACCAGUCGCAGUCAGAUGAGAAGGCCCUCAUUGCGAAGCUCCACCAGCACAUCAUCGCCCUGCAGCUCAGUGAGUCUGUGGCUCUGGGAAAGCUGGAGGCCAGCACUGCUCUCACCCAGCAGCUGGAGGCCUGUAAGCUGCGAGCUGAGCAGAAGUUGGAGGCCAGCGAGCGAGCCCUGUUUCUCACCCGCCAGGAGGGCAGAAAUCGCUGCUUGCACCUUCGGCAGACCAUUCAGUCACUCCGUAGGCAGUUUGCUGGAGCGCUGCCACUCCGCCAACAAGAGAAGUUCUCUCUGACCAUGCUGAAGCUGCAGGAGGACAGAGCCAAAGCUCAGCAGGAGAGGAGGAAGGCUGAGGAGGAGAGGCUGAGAGCAGAAGGAAAGGCUGAGGAGCUGGAGCAGAGGCUGCAGGGGCUGGAGGAGCUCAUCACAACACUGAGAAAUGGGAGAGGGGCCCAGAAGGUAACUGAAUGGCACAAAUGGAUGGAGGAGGCUCGUCUUCAGGAGCUGAGGAAAGGCAGGGAGCUGGUUGUCCAAAAGGAGGAGAUCACAUACCUGAAGAGGCUUUUGGAAGAGCAGGAGCAAACUAUCAAGUCUUUAGAAGAGGAUAUCAUACAGCUGAACACUCUGCAGGAAGAACGCCAGCUCACAUGGGAUCAACAACAAGUAGAGUUGGAGGGUCAGCUGGACGACUUUGAAAAACAGCAAAAUGAGGUUCUUAGCAGUGCAGAAAAGUUUGAUGAAUGUACAGAAUCCCUCCCAGACCCGAUGCUGCCUCUUGCUCAUCAGUUAGAGUUUGCAUUUGGUAAAAUCAGAGAGCACGUCCGCACCCGUUUGGAGAUUCAGGCCACGUGCAAAAGUUUGACCAAGAAGUUGAAAGAGAAAGAAGACGCUCUGUGGAAAGCAGAACAGAACAUCGUAUCCAGGGAUAAGGUGAUUAACGAGCUGCGUCUCCAGCUCCCAGCGGCCGCUCACACAGAACGCCUGCUUGUCGACCUUUGUGAGCACAAAGAGAUGCAGUCUGAUGGUCAGCCUGCGCUCAAACUGGCCCAUCAAACCAUCAAGGACCUCCAAGCUCGACUCGACAAAAAAGAAGAUGUUCUAAAGAAAUAUCAAAACCAGAUGGCUCAGACUAGACAGGAUCAAGAGGAAACAAUAAAGAGGCAUCAGGAAGAGCUGAGAAUCCUGCAUGAGAAGUUGGACAUACAGACAGAUACCUCACUGAAUCGCUUCAAACAGACAGCAAUGGAACUGAUGAAAAAGCCCACUCUCAGGGUACCAACGCCCAAGCACCUGGAGCGUCUGGCUGAAUUGGAGCAGAUUGUGGCCGAGCAGGAAAUUUCUCUCAGCUCCAUGACGGAGAAGCUGAAGCUGACCACAGCUGAGCUGGAGCGACAACGGAGCAUUGUGACAGCACAGGCUAGGAAACACGCUGAUGAAAUGAAAAAGCUGGAGGAAUAUUCUGCUGCCCAGGUAAAACCGUUGACCAGUGAGAUCGAGAGUCAGAGGAGCCACAUAGCUCAGAUGGAGAAGGAGAUGAGCCACCUCUCUACAGAGUUGAUAGCCCAGAAAGAGGCCAACAUUCGUUCCCCAAGCAACACCAUGAAAAACCUGAUGGAACGGCUGAAAGCAGAGCUCGUCCAAAAAGAGAAAAAGCUCAAGUCUCUCAGUAAGGCUCUGUUACAGCUGCGGGCAGAGAUGACAGCUGCAGCAGAGCAGGAGGUCAUAACAAAUGCUGCCCAAAAGGAGGAGAGUCUCAAUGUACAGAUGCUUGUUGACAGACAGACCAAAGACCUGAAGGCAAAAAUUCAAGAACUUAAUAAAGAACUUCAAGCUGCAAAAGAGACUGCCAAAACAUCUAGAACCCAGGAGAACAACCUAAAAGAAGAAGUCGAAAGACUGAACCAAGACAUCGAAACAUAUCUGAAAACUCAGAAACAACUGAAAGCUGAAAAUGAGGAGCUAGAGCAAGAAAUCCUGGAGCUCAAGCAGCAGGCGAAGAGGCUCAGCAGCACGGUGCAGAGUCAAACAGAAGCUGCUGGCAAGGGGCCUACCAUUGAGAAUCUACAGAAGAAGAUCAAAAAGCUGGAGUCCGACUUGGAGAAAAAUACCAAAGAAAAAAAUAGCAAAGAGGAUCAUGGAAAGAAUAAGGAAAAAAUUGUAAGAUGGGAGGAAAGCAAAAAAUGGCAAGCCAGGUUGGAAAAAGCAAAGAAUUCACUGAAGGAAAAAGAACAAGAAAAUGAAUCUUUGUCAAAACAACUCAGCCUUCUUAAGGACCUUUAUGCCAGACAGGACCAGGAAAAGGCUUCACUUCAGAGGAAACUGAAGAGUCGAGGUGUGACUGCUGACCAAGUGGUGGGGGUGCGAUCCACUGAAAUGGAGAGAGAGAUAGAGGACCUGCAGAAGAAAAAUACAGAGCUGGAGACACAGAUCUUAACUUUGAAACAACAGCAAGCUUUACCUCGUGAUGACGCCAUGGAGAUUCUGAUGUUACGGAACCAGCACCUGGAGGAAAGGCUCCUCUCCUUAGAGGAACAGCUAUUCAAAGAGUCACCUUCAAGACCCUCUGGGAGAAGGAUCUCCUCCUUUGCUUUUAGGGGACUUUGCUCUGUCACUUUUGAUAUUGAGGAGGGGUCGGGCGACGUGAACGCUGCAGCCCAACCUACUGAGUCCUGCAGCUUCCUCCUCAGCCCCGAAGCUGCUGAGGACACCUUUGAUCAGCAGAGGGAACCAAAGCACAGCCAGGCAGCUGAAGAAACUCACACCAGCUUUGUUGGAGCAGAGGAGCUUUGGACAAAUCAAGCGAGCGCUGAUGGGAACACUGCAGCUGGCAGAACAGACACAUUCACAGCAGCAGAGACUGGUUCUGACCAAGUUAAACAAGAAGAGAUCCAAGUGGAAGAAGUGACAGCUGUGCCUGAAAUCAUUGCGCUGGAAAACCAACCAGAACCACAAACCAGAAAGCCAGAACCGAAUGAUCUAUCAGAGAGGACGGGAUCUGCACCACAGGCAGCGACAGGCAAUGACACGAGUCAAACAGUGACUAAUGUUUGUGACUCAGAUGUUGAAGCUCCAGAGCAGAAAGAUGUCAGGGCCUCUUCAGAUUCGCUGCACAAGGCUGAGGAACAGCAGGAGCUGAAAGGAGGAGAGGAGGAGACGAGAAGGGAAGUGACAGAGGAGGAGAAUCAGGAACAUUCCUGCUCAGCAGAGCCAGAAGCUGAUUCCAGGAUCACACCGAGCCAUCAGCCUGAGAGUUUUAUCACUUCAAGGAAGGACGAUAAGGCAGAAAAAUGCAAAAGCAGAUCCCUUAAACAUCUGAAGACCUCAGGUCUGGGCACCGACACGCCCUCACAGAGAGAUCAGGACCUGUCGAAAGAGAACCUGAGGCUGGCCUCAGAGAAACUGGAGCUGUGUUUCCAGUUGGAGCAGGCCAACAAAGACUUACCACGACUCAAGAAUCAAGUUGCAGAUCUUAAAGAAAUGUGUGCUGCGCUGAAAAAGGAGAAGGCAGAAUUAGAGAAAAUGUUGGCACACAUACAUGGAGCUGGUCACAGUGGUAAAACAGUAGCUGAACUUGAGAAGACGAUUGGGCUGAUGAAGAAAGUGGUUGAGAGGGUGCAGAGGGAAAAUGAGAAACUAAAGAAAUCCAAGGCGGCUGCGAAUCAAGACCGAGUCUCUGCUUUGGAAAAAGAAAAUGAAAAGUUAAAGGCUGACUUGGAGUUAAUGAAAAGUCAAAGCGAAGCAGAGCUGUGUUUGAAACUUGAGUCUAAAACUAAAGGGCUGGAGAAGAUAGUGCUUGAAAACGAACGUCUGCGCAAGGAGCUGAAACGGGAAAUGGUGGCAUCAGAGAAGCUGAGAGUGACCAAGACAAGUCUGGAAUUUACAAAUGAGAAGCUCGAGGCAGAGCUGGAAGAAACCAGGCAGAAACUGCGAGUAGCUCUGUCAAAGCCAAUCACAGAAGGCGCAGACGGCAAAACCGGGAAGGCAUCGGUUGUAACCAGAAUGUUUGAGAACAAGAUGAAGGAAUUAGAGAAUGAGCUCUCCCAGAAGACCUCCAGCCUCUCUGAGCUCAAACUGCAGCUGAAAGCCGUGAAUGAGCGCGAGGAAAGAGCUCAGACACGAGUCAGAGCACUGCAGGAUCAGGUCGACAUGUUGAAAAUGCUUCCUUCAGCUGCAGGACUCUCUAAGGACUACCAGGCAGUCAGAUUCCAGGAAACUGAAAAACCUCCUGCACGCAGCUGAAACAGAUAAAAGCAAACUUCAAAUGGAAGUCAAGACGCUGAAGAAGGAGCUUGAAAACUUUGACCCAACGUUUUUCGAAGAGCUUGAGGACUUGAAGUACAACUACAAUUUAGAGGUGAAGAAAAACAUCCUGUUGGAGGAGCAGCUGAAGAAGGUGUGCCAUCAGUUUGGUGUGGAGGCUAAAAUGCCCAGCGUGUCCAUCGAUUAACUCAGGGUUAUUGUACCAACAAAUGUUAAAAAAUACUGGAUGUUUUUUGGUUGUUUGUUUUGGUCUGGCACAUUACAAGUUGAGAUAUAUUUUUUCAGAGCAGUCAAAAUGUAAGUAAUAGUACUGUUGGUAGUAGUAAAGUUUAUUUUUUAAAGAGGCAAAUUGUUCUCUACAGCAUAUUUUCUAACUAACAUACUGUCAGUUCUGCAAAGUAACUUAAUAUUUAUUGUUUUAGAUUUGCCAAUAAAGUAGUUUUCACCAGC